GACUUAAACUAAGUGGACAGGUUAUGAUCGCUCACUGUUCGUAAAAUAAAAUCAGUAUGUUUGAUUAAGUUCGACGUAAAACAUCACAACAUGUUUUAUAUUGAGCUGAUGCCUUUAGUAACAAUAGUAGUUGUUGUUGGAGCAGUUUUAAUAUCUUUAUGGACUAAAAGAAAACUCAGUCAUAGAGUGUGUUUGUCAAAACGACGUUUGAAUGGGAAGACGUGUAUAGUAACAGGAGGAACAUCAGGCAUCGGUCUGGAGGCUGCUAAAGAUUUGGCUAGACGUGGAGCCAGGGUUAUCAUAGCUUGUCCAUUCCCUGAAGAAGGGAAAAAUGCUGAACAUACUAUUAUAGAAGAAACUGGUAAUAAGAACAUUGUAUUUAAGUGUUUGAAUCUAGCUUCUUUGGAAUCAACAAGGGAAUUCGCUAAAAAUAUUCUAGAAACUGAAAAUAGAUUGGAUAUUCUCAUAAACAAUGCUGGUGUUGGUUCAAUAAAUAAAUUGACAAAAGAUGGAAUGCUGUACACCAUGCAGAUCAACUACUAUGGACAUUUCUUGCUGACCAAUCUACUGUUGCCUCUCUUAAAGAAAACUGGGACUGCUGAGGAGAAGAGUAGGAUAGUAAACGUGGUGUCUAUAUUACAUCACACUGGGCAUUAUAAUUUUGGAGAUAUGAACAUGCCUACUAUCCGAUCUUAUGUACAAAGUUAUAGUAAUAGUAAAUUCUGUCUUAUACUGUUCACACGAGAAUUGACAAGAAGAUUGAUUGGCAGUAAUGUAAUCGUUAAUUCGAUAGAUCCAGGAACAGUUGGUAGUACAAUUUAUAGGAGGAACUUUGGGAUACUGGGAGGAUGGUUGAUUAAACAAUGGCUCUCAUUUUUCUGGAAAACUCCAUGGCAUGGAGCGCAGACUAUCGUAUAUGCGGCGGUCGACGAAUCUGUCGCUGACAUCAGCGGGGAGUUGUUCAAGGACUGUAAGCUGAUCAAAGCAAAAGCUUCGACUUAUAAUGAGGAAACAGCUAAGACGCUUUGGGAAGAAUCACAGAAUCUAGUCCUGUUUGAUACAUGAUUGUAAUACGGUGUAAAAAAUACAGGCGAAUCGGUAUCGAUAUAAAAUUCGGUGAUUAAAAACUGAAUUUAUUUAUCUUUAAUUACAUAAACUAAGUAUAUAAUAGUAUCUGAAAUAAUUGAGUAAUAAACAAAAUAAUGUAGUCUUCUAUGUCCAUGAUAAGAUUUAUUUGGUUACCAUAUUUCUGAUUCUAAAUAAAAGUGCAUCAUCUCAUCUAACGUCUGUGG